AUGUCUGUAUUUGCUAAGGCCGCUAAUGGCAUUACCGCUGCUUUGCAAAAAGAAGAUAUAAUUGGUGAUUUAUUUCCAACAAGAGCAAUCUCUUCAACUUUCGUUCCAGAAGGUUCUUUAUUAGUUGAUUAUACCACUCCAAACACAACUGUUUCAUUAGGUAAUAUUUUACCAACUGAAACAACCCAAGAUGUCCCAACUUUUUUCUACAAACCUUUCGAUACAGUUGAUACUUCUUCUCUUUAUACUCUUGUAAUGACAGAUCCUGAUGCUCCAUCCCGUACUGACAAAAAAUAUUCAGAAUAUUGUCAUUAUGUAGUUACGGAUAUUAAAUUCUCAAACGCUAAUGAAGGUGGUAAAAUUGUACCAGGUAAAGAUAAUGUUGAAUUACAUAGUUAUAUUGGUCCUGGUCCACCAAAGGGUACUGGUUUACAUCGUUAUAUCUUUUUAUUAUUAAAACAAGAUCCAAAUGUUAAACAAUUUUCUGAUAUUAAGGAAAGAUUUAACUGGGGUUAUGGUAUUCCAGGUGUAGGUAUUGAACGUUGGGCUAAUGAAAACAAUUUAACAUUAAUCACUUCAAAUUAUUUCUUAGCUGAAAAUAAAUAA